UGCACCAUAUACCCCUGUUUUCUGUUCAAUAUCUUACCGGGGGCUGACGGAGCAGGGAUCAUUAGUUAGCUGGAAAAAAGGAAAAAGGGGCGUAAAAUCGUAUGGAAAGAUAAGACCCCCGUCCACUGUAAAGAUUUUUUUUUGUAAAUACAGAAAACUGAAAUCAUUGCCCCUAAAAUGUUGACAUUUUGGCAGCUAGCUAGCUAUUAAAUAUUAUAUAUUUAGCUAGCUAGCUAUCUGCUAGCUAGCCACCUAACGUCGUGCGCUACUUAUAUCACCAACACUAGCUAGCUAUCGUAGCUAUUUUAUUAAAGAGAGGGGCGUAUUUUUUCCUCAAUGUAUUGUCAUUUUCAUCUUUUUAAGUGAGCGGCGGUGUUUUUCUUUUGCCAGCUAAUGGGUACGCGUUUUACGGGGGCUCUUUGUUGCUAAGGCAUUUCUGGGCUUGGUUCCGGGGGCGGCUUGCACAGAAACGGGCACGGAUGUCGCGACAGCCCAGUUUGCUCCGUCGUCUGCUGGACCUGGACUCUUUUUGGUAAAGCGCACAAGACCGAGACUUACGGAGCAUAAGGAGUGUCAGAGAAACUGUGAAAGAGAGGAUAUUGUUAGCCCAGGUUUUCCCUCCUGGCAUAUAAACGAAUCGCCGAGGCAGCCAAUUUGGGACUGAAGAAGGAUAACAGGCAUUGGGCCUCCCUCCGUCUACUCCGCCGCUGGAGCGCCACCCCUACCCUCUUCCUCCCCGGUCCUUGCGCGGGGGAAGUCGGAUACCUCACGGUUAGAGGGAGCAACUUGAGAGCGAGGCCCCCCCCAAACCCCAUCCCCCACUCCCUUCCAAACCUCUCACUUUUUCUAACCUCCCCCGAUCUCCCCAUAUCCAAACCCGAGGGGUCGGGGAAACACCACGACGAACCGGAGACAGUUGUGGUGUUUUUUUUUGGACUAAAGCCCCGUUAAAAUCGGGCGUUUGAAAACAGAGGUGAUGACUUUAGAGUCCAUGAUGGCUUGUUGCCUGAGCGAAGAGGCGAAGGAGUCGAAAAGAAUCAACGCCGAAAUCGACAAGCAGCUACGCCGCGACAAGCGAGACGCGAGGAGGGAGUUGAAACUGCUUCUACUCGGCACGGGCGAGAGCGGCAAGAGCACCUUCAUCAAGCAGAUGCGCAUCAUCCACGGCGCGGGCUACACGGACGAGGACAAGCGCGGCUUCACCAAGCUGGUGUACCAGAACAUCUUCACCUCCAUGCAGUCCAUGAUCCGCGCCACCGAGACCCUCAAGAUCGGCUACAAGCAGGAGCAGAACAAGGCGAACGCCAUGCUGGUGAAGGAGGUGGACAUAGAGAAGGUUUCCACGUUCGAGGAGCCCUACAUCACCGCAAUAAAGUGUCUUUGGGACGACCCUGGCAUCCAGGAGGCCUACGACAGGCGGAGGGAGUACCAGCUGUCCGACUCCACCAAAUACUACCAUAAUCAUUUAGAGCGCAUAUCCACAUCGGGGUACCUCCCCACCCAGGAGGAUGUGCUGCGGGUUCGCGUGCCCACAACUGGCAUUAUUGAGUACCCCUUUGACCUGGAGGAUAUAAUCUUCAGCUAUCUAAGCGAUCUGGAUCGCAUCGCACUGCCCUCCUAUCUGCCAACCCAGCAGGACGUGCUCAGGGUUCGCAUCCCCACCACGGGGAUUAUCGAGUACCCUUUCGACUUGCAAAGCAUCAUCUUCAGGAUGGUGGAUGUCGGGGGUCAGAGGUCAGAGCGCAGGAAGUGGAUCCACUGUUUUGAGAACGUGACGUCCAUCAUGUUCCUGGUGGCCCUGAGCGAGUACGACCAGGUCCUGGUGGAGUCCGACAACGAGAACCGGAUGGAGGAGAGCAAGGCCCUGUUCAGGACGAUAAUCACGUAUCCGUGGUUCCAGAACUCCUCGGUCAUCCUCUUCCUCAACAAGAAGGACCUGCUGGAGGAGAAGAUCAUGUACUCUCACCUGGUGGACUACUUCCCCGAGUUUGACGGCCCCCAGAGGGACGCCCAGGCGGCGCGGGAGUUCAUCCUGAAGAUGUUUGUGGAUCUGAACCCCGACAGCGACAAGAUCAUCUACUCCCACUUCACCUGCGCCACGGACACCGAGAACAUCCGCUUCGUCUUCGCCGCCGUCAAAGACACCAUCCUGCAGCUCAACCUGAAGGAGUACAACCUGGUGUGAGCCCCGGGACACACACACACACACACACACUCACACACACCAUCCUGCAGCUCAACCUGAAGGAGUACAACCUGGUGUGAGAGAGACACUGCAGCCCACGCACAACACACACACACACGCGCGCACGCGCGCACACGCGCACACACUCACACACACACACACACACACACGCACACUCACACACACACACACACACUCACACGCAUAUACACACACACACCCACACACACAACACGCACACACACACACGCACACACACACACACACACACACACUCACACGCAUAUACACACACACACACACACACACACACACACACACACACACACGCACGCACACACACACACAUAUACACACACACAAACACGCACACACCCA